AGGUGCCUGGCCUGGGGUGAAGGGGAGAGGAGCAAUGUGUUUGCCUGCCACCCUUUGCCCCCUUUUGAGUGCCAUUGGGAUCUGGGCUGGCGACCGCUGCGGUGAGCGGGGGUGUCCAAGAGCUGCCCCUGCCCUGACUGCCCCUCUCCCUCAGGAGGCCAAAGGCAGCGGUGGCAGCAGCACUGUGCAGCGCUCCAAGUCCUUCAGCCUGCGGGCCCAGGUGAAGGAGACCUGCGCCUCCUGCCAGAAGACUGUGUACCCCAUGGAGCGGCUGGUAGCAGACAAGCUCAUUUUCCACAACUCUUGCUUCUGCUGCAAGCACUGUCACACCAAGCUCAGCCUGGGCAGCUACGCGGCGCUGCACGGGGAAUUUUACUGCAAGCCCCACUUCCAGCAGCUGUUUAAGAGCAAAGGCAACUAUGAUGAGGGCUUUGGCCGGAAGCAGCACAAGGAGCUCUGGUCCCACAAGGAGGUGGACCCUGGCACCAAGACAGCCUGAGGCCCCUCUGACCUUCCACUCCCUCCACAGAGAGCCUGGAGCUGGGCAGUGGGAAGGGUGGGAAAGAGGUGGAAUCUGGACUUGGGUGGGGGACAGGGUGGGAAGGGUAUGAGGCUUGCUCAGGCGGAGAGUUCCAGGGGCAGGGGUCUGCCCUGGGACCCCUUCCUUUUCCCUCAGUGGGCCGGGACUUGGGAACCAGGAUUGGGGUUAGCUCGCCCACCCGACUUCCUGCUUUCAGCCCAGCCACCUCACCCCAUGGCCCCCUGGUUGGCCCCCAAGCCCAGCUUCCCUAUCUAGGUGCCUUUUCUCCAGCAAGGAGUCAGCAUGCCCUCCUCAGGGUCCCAAGCUUCCUCACUGCCACCCAGGCCGUGUGCAGCCCCCAUGUCUCCCCAUCUACCUCUGCCCUUAGCAUGGUCCUGAGCCACGGAGACUGGGAGAAGGAGGUCGCAAGUGCCACCUGCUGGGCUUCACAAAAGCCACCGCGCCGGUGGGGGAGGGGGUGGGGAAGUGUGGCUGCCCUGCCCUGCCCCAGUGGGGCCUGGGACCAUCUCGCACCACCAACCGAGCGAAGUGGAAGCUGAAGCACCCGCCGGGCUGAGAGUCUCAGAGACCGGUGGGGGCUGGCAGCGCCCAUGCUCCCCUCCUCCACUCCCUUGUUUCUUCCCGUUCUGUUGUGAUCAAGCCUGUUUUAAACAUGUUUAAACAGAU